AGCUGAGAAGUAAAAACAAACCCGGGCCCGCAAGCCUCACUGUCAUUUGAGUGUGACUUAAAGAGUGUCUCUUGCACCCGUCCCAGUGUAUAAUCAGUCAUGGUGGAGCCAAUAUUUGACUAUCAGUUCAGAUUAAUACUUAUAGGAGACUCGACAGUUGGCAAGAGUUCCCUUUUGAAGUAUUUUACUGACGGAAAGUUCUUCGAGAUCUCUGAUCCCACUGUUGGUGUUGACUUCUUUGCACGACUUAUUGAAGUGAGAGACGGCACAAGAAUAAAAUUGCAGUUGUGGGAUACAGCAGGCCAGGAAAGGUUUAGGUCUAUCACACGUACCUACUACCGCAAUUCUGUUGGAGCAUUAGUGGUCUUUGAUGUAUGUAACAAAAAGUCUCUGGAGCAUGUCCCUAUGUGGAUCAUGGAAGCCAAACGACACAUUGAACCGCACAAGUCUGUAUUCAUACUAGUUGGCACAAAGAUUGAUAUGGAAGAUGAACGAGAGGUGAGAAAAGAGGAUGCUAUAUCUCUAGCAAAGUUUUAUAAUAUUAGCUAUGUAGAAACAAGCUCAAUGAAAGGAAUUAAUGUAGAAGAGGCUUUCAGAACUAUCACACAAGAAGUAUACGAUAAGAUACAGUCUGGAGAGUUCAAAAUUGAGGAUGGCUGGGAUGGCAUUAAGACAGGAUUCUCCAGACCAAAUCCCUCGUACAGUUUAAUGGAAGCUGAGGCAGAGAAGUCGGGAUUUUGUUGCUAGGAGUUUCUAAAAUACUGUGUGUUGAGUCUUUUUUUUUUUUCUUUUAAGGAAACAUUUUAUUUAUUGAAGGUGACUAUUUUCUGAUGUAACAGAUUUUUUGUUUAGCUAAAGUGCUGAUUUGAUAAAAUCAUGUUGCAAGGACAUUCUUAACACUCAGUGAAGAUUUGCAAAUAAACCAAAGGAAGUAUCCUAGUCCCAUCCACCUUCUGCCUCAAAUGUGCAUUGUUUAACAGUGCUCUAUUAAGGGCUCUGACACUGGCUGUAUUAGAUACUGUUUAUUUUAACAAGGGCUCUAACACUGGCUGUAUUAGUUAGUGUUUAUUUUUAUCAACAAGAACUACAGUACUGUAUCAUGUUUUAUCAACAGAACUAAAUAUAAUUUUUAUGCUUAUUUAUAGAGUACAGAUAACAUUUUUACCAGAAUGUGAAACUUGUCCAGAAUAAUUUGGAAUAGGAGUGCUUUAUAUGAUAUUGUGCUGUAAUGUCAUUAUCUUGAGACCUCACUGGGACUGGCUACUACUUUUAUUCCUGAUUUAAGUAUUUAUUUUGAGAGCUCAGUUUAUGACUGUGAUAAGGCCAGUAUAAGUUGUAUGUUAUUUUGUAUGCAUUUGCAUGUGUGGGUGCUUGUGGGCAUGAACAUACACAUACAUACACAUGCACAUACAAACAUGUAUAUAUUUUCCAACCUUGCCCUCCAUACAUCACUCUCUCCCUUACCUACACUACCUCACCCCUUCCCACACUUUCUUAUCCCCUCUCCACACCCCUUAUCAUCUUGCAUGACUCUCUCUUCCUUCUCUCUAUUCCCUCAUCAUUCUUUUCACCCUCCCUUUAUAACAUC